AUGACUACCGUCAAGCACGUCCCAAUCGUCAAGAAGCACAAGAAGAGGUUCAACCGACACCAGUCGGACCGCUUCAAGUGCGUCGACGCUUCAUGGAGAAAACCAAAGGGUAUCGAUAACCGUGUCCGAAGACGGUUCAAGGGACAGGCCGCUAUGCCAAAGAUCGGUUACGGAUCCAACAAGAAGACCAGACACAUGACGCCUUCCGGCCACAAGGCUUUCCUUGUCCACAACGUCAACGAUGUUGAUCUCCUUCUCAUGCACAACCACACCUUCGCUGCCGAGAUCUCCCACGCCGUCAGCUCGAGAAAGAGGAUCGAAAUCGUCGCCAAGGCCAAGGCUCUCGGUGUCAAGGUCACAAAUCCAAAGGGCAGAGUCACCACCGACGUAUAA